ACGUAUUUUGUAUCAGUACCGCAUGCGUUUGCGUCGCUCUUAACAGUAGUCUUAUCAGCCUAGUUUUAGGCAGAAUAAACACUCACAAUGUGACUUUCAAUGCUAACCAAAUACAUUUACAGACAUGGGUGACAACAAGGUAAAGAUGGAUUCGAAACUAGGAAUAUCCGAUCAAGACAUAGAUUGGGGAGAGAGGACGGUUGGAGCGAACCGACAUAUUGUUAAAAGCCAAGCUUACUGGACAGAGACGCUGCUGAAGAAUGCUCAAUCUGGACUUCCAAGGCCAGUGUCAGACAGUGACACUGUAAAAUUCUCUCAGAUAUCAGGGGAGUGCCAUUAUUACCACUACGGCUGUGACGGGCAGGAUGACCAGGGCUGGGGCUGCGGCUACCGCACUGUUCAGAGUAUCUCCUCAUGGCUGUGUCUGAGCUGGUCCCCACCCAAGGACCAAAGCUGCAGACCCCCACCCAGUCUUCCUGAGAUCCAACAAGCCCUGGUGGACAUGGGAGACAAGCCCAGGUUGUUCUCCAGCUCCAGGGGAUGGAUAGGGACGUUCGAGGCGGCUCUGGUGCUGGACUACUUCUACGACGUGCCCUGCAGGGUGGUUCACGUCCGGGGUGGGGGGGCUGAGCUCGAGGGGAAGGCGGUGGAGGAGCUCCACCAGCAUUUCCAGACACACGGGUCCCCAGUCAUGAUGGGAGGGGACAGGGACAACUCCUCUAAGGGGAUACUGGGGGUGUGUACGGGAGGCCAGGGGAGCUACCUGCUGGUGAUGGACCCCCACUACCAUGGCUCUCCUUUAGGGAGGACUGAGGUGCAAGGCCGGGGGUGGGUUUCAUGGAAGAAAGUGUCGACUCUGGAUCACAGUUCCUUCUAUAACCUCUGUCUGCCUCAGACUUUCAGGAAAUGACAUGGCGAAAGUUCUGGAAUAGUCUGUAGGCAGGAACUGGGUUGUUUUUGGGAAUGUAAAUAAAGUGUUGACGUAA